AUGCCACCGCUUCGUCUUGGCUCCAAACCCAAGGAGAUCCCCCAAGAACGAUCCCCCCCUGAGAACGAUCCCGAGAACGAUCCCCCCCCGAGCUUCUGGGAUGAAACGGAGCAGGAGGAACUCUCCCCGUCGGGGAGGGAACGUCCCUCCCACUAUGUGCAACGAUAUCUGAGCAGCUUCAGGAAGUUGUUGUUUACCAGCAGCGAGACGCCCUGCGUUAAAAGGCCGGUGGACCUGAGCUGCUGGUCCAAAGCAGCUAUGGGGAAAGGCUCCCAGAAACUUCCUUCAGAUCAAGAAGAAACCUUGAAAACCAGCGACGACAUUGAGAAAAAUUCCAAAUGGGAGACCAACAUCAGGAAGUCAGACUGGAGAAGAUCCGUCUCCUCGCAGGUUUUCGUCCCCAUGUGCGUUGUGUUGGUGGUCCUCAUCCUCAUCCUGCUGGUGGCUUUGACGGCGGUCCUUUCAAGGUCCCGUUCGCUUCACCCGGACUUCUCCCACGUCUGCCCGGAUGGCUGGCUGGGUUUCCAAGGGAAAUGUUAUUAUUUUUCCAACGUGGAGAGCAACUGGGCCAGCAGUCAGGAGAACUGCACCGGUCUGGGAGCUUCACUGGCCACCAUAACCACCGUGGAGGAACUGAUCUUCAUCAAGCGCUACAAAGGCGAAGCAAACCAUUGGUUCGGGCUGCGGAAGGAGGGCGACCAAUGGCAGUGGGCCAACGGCACCGCCUUGAACAGCUGGUUAGAGGUGUCGGGUGGUGGACCUUGCGCCUACCUCAACCAGGAAAAGAUCAGCUCCUCCAUGUGCCACACCAAGAAGAACUGGCUCUGCAGCCGCCCGGACAACUACGUCCUCUGGAAGCAAAAAGCAUAUCAAAAAUAA